CUAUUUUGCCUUAAUAUGUAAAAUUCAACCAGAUAUGGAAGAUGCACACACAAUGAUACUAAGUAUUGAUGGAGAGAACGAUUCUUUCUUUGCAGUUUAUGAUGGACAUGGAGGAGCAAAGGUAGCACGAUAUGCUGGAGAGCACCUGCAUCGAAAGCUCACCAACCAACCAACAUACAAGACUGGAAACAUCCACUUAGCAAUCAAGGAAUCAUUCUUAAACUUAGAUGAAGAUAUGCUAAAAGAUGAAACAAUGAAAGAUGAACCAGCUGGUACAACAGCUCUAGUCGCUGUGUUGAAAAAUAAUAAAGUUUAUUGUGGAAAUGUAGGUGAUUCGCGUUGCGUGAUGAGUAUCUGUGGUCAUGCGAAGCCUCUGUCGUUUGACCACAAACCGGGCAAUGAGAACGAGAGUAGGAGAAUAAUCGCAGCUGGUGGAUGGGUAGAAUUUGAUAGAGUAAAUGGAAACCUUGCAUUAUCAAGAGCAUUAGGAGAUUUUGUCUUCAAAAGGAAUACGAGGAAACCGCCAGAGGAACAGAUAGUGACGGCCUUACCCGAUGUAACCGAAACAGAAAUCAAUUCUGAUUGCGAGUUCUUAUUAUUAGCAUGUGAUGGUAUCUGGGAUGUGCUCACUAAUCAGGAAGUAGUGGACUUUGUACGAACCAGGAUAGCAAACAAAAUGGAUGAAGGACAGAUAUGCGAAGAAUUAAUGAACAGAUGUCUGGCUCCGGAUUGCUCGAUGGGCGGGCUUGGCUGCGAUAACAUGACCGUGGUCCUGGUUAGCUUGCUUCAAGGAAAAUCAUACGAUGAACUCAGUGCCAAGUGCGCGAAACCAAAGUCAGACAAGUGUCCGUUUGAGAUGGAGUAAACGCUUCAGGAGCAGCUGCGGGGAGGAGGUUCCGGUCGGUGCAUUAAUCUCAAAGUGGACGCUGCGUGAACGGUACCGGAGCCAAUUACAUGGACAGGACAGUAUAGGACGGCUUGUUACCUACUGUGAGAAGAACCGCUGACUCUGUUCCACCUGGGGCCUGUUUCAUGAAGCUUCUUAUCGGUGAUUUUCACUGACGUAUCUACUCUUGGCCAAUCAGAUGGAAGGAAUUCAGUAGCUUGUAACAAAUAGUGAAGAUCACUGAGUAUUUGUUUCGUGGAAGACUUCCCUGUUCUGCAAAGGAAACUAGUCUGUCUUCGUAAGCUUAGGGUGUGGGGGGGGGGGGUGGGUUGGUAGAACAUUUGACAUUAUCCAUUUUGACAGCAUAGUACAUGUUAUUGUUUUUCCAUGAUCACGACAGAUAUCACAAAAUUCUUUAUAUAUUAUUUUGUUGUAUAUAGUGAUAUUGUUGGAGAAAACAACACUAUCUCUCUGUUAUAAUCUUUUUUUUUGUUUAGUUUUGUUUGAAGGGAGAUAUAUCUUUUUUUGUUUUCACUCCAAACAUGACUUCUUGACCUCGUGAUCCUCCCAGAAUGCAUUGAUAAUUGUUCUACUUCCUCUACAUCAUUUCAUAUUGAUCAGAUGCACGUCCAGCAUGCCUUUUCUGCUUCUUACAACACCGAUUUUAUUAGGUAUGCCUCAGAUGUUAUGAUCGAUUAAUAAUUAUAGGCAUUCAUAUAGCGCAUCUAUCUAGAAAUAUUAUAUUCCGAGGCGCAAUGUUAUUAUUACCCCAGCUUUAGCUCAAGCUGCCUUUCAGCGCUCAUGCAUUCACGGAAUUAAUCCUGCCGAGUACCCAUUCACCUCACCUGGGUUGAGUGCAGCACAAUGUGGAUAAAUUUCUUGCUGAAGGUUUUUACGCCAUGGCUGGGAUUCGAACCCACAACCCUCUUUUUCAAAGUCAGAAGAAUAAUCCACUGGGCGAACAAUGCUCCAUUAGAUAGCUUAGAUUGCUUCCUCCCUCCCCUUCAAGAUCUGGGUCCUAUAACACAAAAGUUAGCGAUUAGUGCUCACGAUUAAUUGUACAUUGUAGUGAAUGCAAUCAAUUGUAGAAAGAUGUUAUACGGUCAUUGCUAAGCUUCCAAUUCAUCUAAUUGCCAACUCGUCUACUAUCAUUUGGUCUACCAUCAGUUCGUCCACUCACCACAUGGUCUACUUUCAUUUAGUCUAAUGCCAUUCCGUCUAAUAACCAGUUAGUCCAAUAGUCAUUUAGUCCAUAUACCAUCUGGUCUAAUUAAACUAAAGUGGUAAUUGUGCAAAAUGAAGGAAAAGAAAAUGGGUAUUAGACAAACUGGUUAUUAGAUGAAAUGGUAAUAGACAAACUGGUGAUUAGACGAAGUGUUGAUUGGACCAAAUGGUUAUUGGACCAAAUGGUUGUUAGACGAAAUGUUGAUGGACGGAAUGGCAUUAUAAUAAAUGAAGGUAGACCAUGUGGUGAGUGGACGAGUUGACAGUGGCUCAGUCGGUAAAGCGUCUCGUCUGCCUGUCAAACCAAAGAUCAUGGGGUAGAGUCCACUCCAGGCAGAUGACUGAAGCCAGUGCGUUGUGUGUAAACGUCUCUCCCCUGUUGCAUAAAUUCUUGCUAUGUUACAGUGGAAAACACUCCAUCCCUCGCAUAGGACAUUAAAUGGAGGCCCGGUGUAGAGGAGAGUCACCACCUUGGCACGUUAGGAACCCACUGCACUGUUCGUAUAAGAGUAGGGGGAAACCCCGGUGUAGUAGUCCACCCGCACUUCCCCAAUCAGUUAUAUCGGGAGGAGAGACCUGCGGGUCACAGUGAUUCAGUUCGCUUCUCGCCUCCCUGGCACAGGUGACGCCAAACAAAUAAUAAUAAUAUACUUGAGGUUGAUUAUAUUGAAUUGAAUUCAUUUAUUUUCCAUUAAAAACAUGCAAAAUCAAGAAUAUACUUGUAAACAUUGAAAAGUAUAAAAAAUAGACAUACAAAUGACUUAUCAUACUUAAAAAAUAAAUGGAAAAAUACUUUGUUUUAUAUAUACAUAUUAGGAAAAUUGGAUGGAAGCCGUAUGCUUUUAGGGUUGGGUCACCCAGGGGCGUUGAUGUGUAUAUCACUCGUACAUGUUACUCUUUUUAUGACGGGGCGCUGAUGUGUUAUCAGAACAGCACUAUAUUCGAGGUUUCGGAUGUUUUUAUUUAGUCCUUGCUUUAUAUUCAUCUUCAGUGAGUUCAUAUGUCUACACCUUCUUUUCAUUUGGAGGUUUCAGAUAUUGCUAAUCGGCCCUUGCUUGUACAAUAUCUUCAGUGCAUUCACAUACUUGAAUUUCAUCCUGUGUAUUGUGUUUUGAGUAUUUGACGUUGAAUAUCAUUUACAUAAUUAUUUCUUAGUGUGGCAUUAUACCCGUGAAGUAUGACAUAUGAUUUUGACUACUAUUAAGCACACGCAAACAGAUCUUUAUUUACUUGGUUGUUUUCUAUGAGCGUAGAUAUAUUUUAUACUACAAAUAAUCUACUGAAUUUUUGAAACUCAGAAUUGUUUUUUUCUUGUCCUGAUUUUAAGCGGACUUUUUCCUGUUGAAUUUAUUCAUGAGGUUAUUAACUCACUACGUUAUGAUGACCAGGGAUCUGUUUCAUAUUUAAAAAAUGAGCAAUUUCCAUAGCAUGUCUACAAUCAGCCAAUCAAAUUGAAGGAUUUCAGUAGCUUUAAACUGCUAUUGCAAGUUUGGUGUUAUAACAAGUUUUAUGAAACAGGUUCCUGAUGUAGGGUGCACUUAAAACUUUGAAUAAAGGAUUAAAGGAUCAUGCAUUGAAAAAAAAUAUUGCUUUGAUACGAUGAA